AUGAGCAGAAUAACUAGGUAAAACUAACGUGCUACUUAUUCCUUAAAUUAGUCAAUGACUAAUGGAUUGCCAGCGUUGACCCCUGAUAACAUGAAUUUGUGUAUAUCACAGUUUUAUGGGAGAAGGCCUACUUAAAGAAUUUAUGAGUCACCCAAUAAUGACAUUUAUUCAGGAAGAUAACACCUUCCAUAUCAAAAAGACAUUGAAUAAUUAAAGGAGGAAAUAAUCUAUUUGAAGAAAGAGAAUGCUCGACUCAAAGAUUAAAAUAAGUAACUCUAGUUCUAAAUUAAACUUGAUGAGAAGGAACAAUUGGAUAAACGAACAACCCAAGAGGUAUCUGAUGACUAAAUCAAUUACAAUCAAAGUUCAAGAUUGGUCGAAAAACUUAAGCAAGCGAGAAUGAUGUUAUAGGAGAGAUAGGCAGAGAUUGAUAAUUUGAAGAAGAGCACCCGUUAUAUGAAACUGCAAGAAAUGGAAUUGGAGUUAGGCAACACAAAAUCUAAGUUUGAGAUUUUGAACAAACAAAUUAAUGAAAUCUUGAAAACCGAAAAUGAUGUUCAUAAAUUCCAUAAAUUGACAAUCCAAACUGUAGAAUUGGAAGAGAAAUUGAGGAUUCUCUCAAAUUGCAAUUAAAAGUAGAAGCGAAAAAUUCUAAGUUUGAGAUAAGAAUUAUUAACUUGUUAAGCAAUGAAGGAUAGAUACAGAAAACAAUUUGAGUAAUGCUAAGUUGAUUUUGAUAAAUAUAAGAAAAAUCAUGAAUAGGAAAUAUAAAAGAAAACCAGGUACAAAGAGAUAAUUGAUAACUUAAAUUAAUAAUUAACCAAUAAGUAGAAUGUCAUUUAAUCAAUGUAAAUGGAAAUAGAAAAAUAAAAGUUACUAGUCUUCUAAAAGUAGAGACAAUUUAAGGAAUUGGAAGAGUAAUAUCAAACCAAAAAGUCCUGGUUGACAAACAGAAAGGAGGCAGACACUUCAUUUUAAGAAGUAUUGGAUGAUAGAGUAAAUAAAAAUUUAGUUUUGGGUGAUGAUGAUCUUAGUAAUUCCUAUAAACAGCAAUCAGAAACAAAAAUUGUAUUAGAGGAGGAUCACAGGGAUAGAUCAUACACUAUGUAAAAUAGAUUAAGUGUGGAUUCAGUUAGAGAUGAAUAAAAAUCUCCAAGAGUUUAAAGUUUAUAAAUCAUACCUGACAUUGAAGUGACCAAAUAGAAAUUACCAAGGGUCAAUCAUAUUGAUGUUGAGGAAAUUGGAAAGCGUUUGAAAUAUUAACUCAUGUAUUAACAAGUACCUUUUGAAUAGAUUAAUCAAUUUUUUGACCAGAAAUCAGAAAUAAGCAUUGUUGAAUUAGUUGAUAUAUUAUAAGGAGCUCCCUUUUGUAUGCAAUAACAGAAAUAGGCUUUGUUGUUGGCCAGAUAUUUGAUUGAAGAUAAUACACAGCCCUAUGUGGAAUUCACUCCUUUAUAAACGAAUGACAAUUGUGUGAUAAAAAGUGUUUUGAAAAACAUCAUAGGGAAAUAUUAAUUAUUUGAUAUUCAAUCAGAGUGUCAAAUUAUGAUAAAUAUUAGCCAAUAAAUUUGGAAGUUCAGACAAUCGAUUGUUGAGUAAAUCAAAAUGAUUACUGCAAAGAGAUCUAGCUCCUAGUAUAAUGAGCUAUGUGAUGAGGGUGAAUUUAAGAUUGCGAUUUAGGGUAGUAAUAUUCUUUUGGAUGAAAGAUAAAAGGAGUUUUUAGGGUUUUUUAUUUUUAGAGAAUUUGACGGUUCAAAAUAAUUUGAUUACAAAAUGUUGAUUGAUAAGAUUGGGAACCAGAACCCUCAGAAUUCACCAUCGAAAAUUAAUCCUUAGCAAUUUCAAUGA